AUGGGUUGCUUCGACUGCUUCCGCGCGUCGCCGCGCCGAGCGCCGUCAAGGGUCGCUGCGGCCGGCUCGGGCAAGGACUGUCGCAGCAGCAGCGACGCAAGCCGCCGCGGCGGCAGCUUCUGCGACAGCGACGCGAAAGCCGACGAUGGCGGCAACAAGUGCGUAUUGAAAGACAGCAAUCGCCAUAGCGGAGUUUUUGGCGCUGCUAGUACUGCCGCUGGUGGCGGUGGCGUUGGCGCCGGUUACUUGCCGGACGACUCGCGGGCGGCGGGCGCGGGGGGCUCGCUGAAGGAGAGGCGCGCGGAUGGCGCGGAGCAGGAUGCGGGGGAGCACGCGCAGCAGCAUGAUCAGCGGAGCCCCGACGCGCUCGCCAGCCCAUCACUCUCCCCCUCGCUGACGCUGUCAAAAAUCCUGGACCGCCAGCUGGCGGGCUCCGGGCUGCUCAACUCCUUCUCCCUCGCCCAGUUACACGGCGCCACGUGUCAGUUUGCGCUCGAAGGGCUGCUAGGCUCUGGCGGGUUCGGGAGCGUGUUUAAGGGGACCAUGUGGGACGGGCGCAGCGGGCGCAAGGUGGAAGUUGCCGUGAAGGUUCUCAACACGGCGGGGCAGCAGGGCGACCGUGAGUGGCAGGCUGAGGUGCAGGUAUUGGCGCGCCUGCACAACCCGUGCCUCGUCCCCCUGCUGGGGGUGUGCGCGGAGGGGGAGCAGCGCCUGCUCGUGUACCCCUUCCUCCCCGGAGGCUCCCUGGAGCGCCGCCUCUUCCCCGCGCUCUUCCUUCCCCCGUCCUCCGCGCCCCCGCCCACGCUCCCCGCGGGGCUCUCGCUCUCCCUGGGCGCUGCGGCUGGCGGAGGGUUCCCGGGGGGCGUACCCAGAGCAUCGUCUGGUGGGGGAGGGGGAGGGGGCGGAGGCGCGGACGUGAAGGGGAUGAAGCGUCCUGGCAGCAGCAGUGGCAGCGGCAGGCGGCCCAGCAGCAGCGGUGGCAGCAGCAGCAGCAGCAGCAGCAGCAGCAGCAGCAGGGGGGGGUUGGCGGGGGGAGAGGAGCAGCGUCCGCUGCAGUGGCUGCACCGCAUCCGCAUUGCCAUUGCUGCCGCCAAGGGACUCAAGUUCCUGCACGAGGAGAUUGACAAGCCGAUCAUCUACCGGGACUUCAAGACGUCCAACAUCCUGCUGGACCGCCAUGGCGACGCACAACUCUCUGACUUUGGCCUUGCACGCCUGGGCCCGCAGGGGGAGCUCUCGCACGUCACCACUCGGGUGGUGGGCACAGUAGGGUACGCAGCACCGGAGUACGUGCUAACAGGCCAUCUGUCCAUCCGCAGCGACGUGUGGGGCUUCGGAGUCGUGCUGCUGGAGCUGCUCACAGGCCGCCCUGCUCUCGAUAAGACCCGGCCCAAGCCCGAGCAAUCUCUAGUGGACUGGGCGGCGCCGUUCCUCUCUUCUCCCUGCAAGCUAUACCGCAUAAUGGAUCCCGCUCUAGCGGGGAUGUACAGCGUGCGCGGCGCGCAGCUCACAGCAGCCGUGGCGCGCCAGUGCCUCAGCGCCAAGCCCAAGCUCCGCCCGCUCAUGUCCCACGUGCUCGCGUCUCUCCUGCCUGUAUUAGACCUGCAUGAUAUGGCGGGUUUCACACUUGAUCAGCCGAUCGGGGGUGGUGGGGGAGGGGGGAGGGAGGAGAGAGAGGCAGGGGAUGGGGUGGGAGGGAGGGGUGGGGGGGGUGGCAGUGGUGGGGGAUGGGUGGGCGGAGGAGUGGGGAGGGCUGGUGGGAGUGGCAGUUGCAUGGGGUUUGGGAGCCGGGCUGGAUUAAGACCAGGGAGUGCAGGAGGGGGAGGGGGCGGAGGGGGCGGAGGAGGAGGCACGGGAGGGAUGGGAGGGAGGUUGGUUCCAGGUGUGGGGUUGGGACUGCUGGGAAGCAGCCGCAGUGUGGUGGUGGGAGGGCGGUUGGGAGCGGUUGGGGGUUCAUCUGGCACUGUGCUAGUGGGGAGGGGAGAGGGCGCGGGGGAGGGAGGCAGCAGCAGCAUCACCAGCAGCAGCAGGGGAGGAGGAGGGGGGGUUGGGGGGAGGAGGAUAGGGCUGGUUGCCUCAGGAGAGGGCGCACUCGCUCGGAGUGCGUCGGUUGGUACGGGGGUGAGGGGUGGAGCGAGGGGGAUAGCGAGGAGUGCUAGUGGCAAGGAUGGGAAGCAGGGGAAGCAGGGGAAGGAGGAGGAGGGGAGAGAGGCGGGUGGGCCGUCAGUAGGAGAGGUGGGUGUGGUGGGGUGCACUCCUGGGGAGGGGAGAGGAGGCAGGUUGGUCAGGAAAGGCAGCGGGAAGAGCGAGAAUAAUGUGGGGGAGAUGAGAAGACCAACAAUGGAUGUCUUGCUGCUGUCCUUUCCGCCCUUCCCUCAAGAUCUGUCACAGGAGAAAGAGAUUCCCCAUCAGCUGUGUGGGUUGGGCUUGCAGCAGAAGCUGGUGCGACUCGCAGGCAGAGACAAACGACUUGGUGCAGGGAAGGAGGAGGAGGAGGAGGAGGAGGAGGAGGAGGAGGAGGAGGAGGAGGAGGAGGAGGAGGAGGAGGAGGAGGAGGAGGAGGAGGAGGAGGAGGAGGAGGAGGAGGAGGAGGAGGAAGAGGAGGAGGAGGAGGGCACUGCAUAUGGAGUCGCAGGAAGUAGGGAACGCACAUAG